AUGCUUCGAUCUGGCAAACCCAAGAAACUAAGAGAUGGAGACCUGCAAGUGCUGUCCAAAGAAAUUCAGAAAAAUCGCAUGAAAUCAAUGGCCCACAUACUCCAGAAGUUCCAACAAGCACCCGAGACUGUUGUUUUGAUAAAUACCAUCCGCAUGGAAACACAUUUGUUAAGUUUCCAUGGUCUUGCUAGUACCCAUAAGCCUUUGAUUACAAAAUCUAGUCGCGCUGCUCGAUUGAGGUGUUGCAAGGCACGUCGAAAUUGGACUGUCAAUGAGUGGAAAUCAGUUCUUUGGAGUGAUGAAUUCAAGAUUAAAUCUAUACCAGUCAGAUGGCAGAGUCUUGUUUUGGAUCGAUUGCUGGCUGGAGCUUCAAACGGUGACAUUAAUAUUUAUACUAUGGACAUAAAUUCUGACAGCAUCCAUCCAGAUUGCAUGCAUCCGAGAAAGAUUUUUGGGAGGAGGUCUUCUAGAAAUAAAGAAUAUAAAAUAGUUCAAUGGCAUACAUUUGAACCUAACAAAGUUGUUGCAACUGACCGGGACAGAAGAAUUCAUAUUUGGGAUGCAAUUCAGGAUUCAAAUGCUGAAACCAAAAUGCGUUUCGAUAUCAAUAUUGCAGGAUUCCAUAUGUCCUCAGGGGCUACCAAAAUUAUUGCAGUUGCCAGGAAAGAUCCUCUUAUAGAGCUCAUAGAUAUCAGAUCGCCGCCCAUAAGUCGUUUUUCUCUUCAUGCAAGUUCAACUGCCGUUUCUUCCGUGAGAUGGUCGCCCAAAUCUGAUGAAGUAAUUGCAAGUGGUAGUGUGGAUGGCAAUAUUUAUCUCUGGGACAUUCGAUUUCCUGUAGAGAGUUUAGGUGAUCGACUGGAAAAAGAUUCAACAACUGCUCAUGGUGGAGCAGUUGACUGUCUAAGGUUUACUAAUGAUGGACUUUAUAUUGUGUCACAUGGACUUGACAAUCGCAUAAAUGUUUGGGAUGCUACUUCAGGAAAACCCUUUGAUGUCGAUUUUGGUGCAAUACCAUCUGCAAGAACAUCUUAUCCAGUGUUAAUUGAUAUGUGCUAUGAUUCUAAACCCCCAGUUCUUUUUGUUCCUAGCAGAGACUGUAUUAUUAUGUAUAAUCUUUUUACUGGGGAUAGACUGAAAACGUUAAUGGGCCACACUAAUUUUGUCUCAUGUUGCGCAUAUCGAUCUUCUUCAAAUGAACUAUUUAGUGCUGGAAGGGAUAAGAAAAUACUAUUGUGGACACCUGGAGCCGAAAUAGAGUUGGAAGAAUGA